CCAACGGCGACUCCAGCAAACAAUACGGCGGCCGGCAGCGAGUGUAGGAGGAUCCAACUGGUGUGAUCAUUGCUUGCUAUUUGUAAGGUGUUCUUCGAUGGCUCAAUUCAUGGAUUUACGGGCAUUCAUCAUGCGUGCACGUGUCUUGAAAUUUUAUAGGCAGGCACUUCGCAUCACUCGCCGAGCUCCUGAGCAUGCUCGUGAUGAGCUGAGGCAGACAGUAAGGUUGGAGAUUGAAAAGAAUCGCCACUGUGAUGAUAAGGCAAAGAUUAGGUUUCUAAUUAGUGAAGGACUACAAAGAUUAAAAGGUCUUGAUGAGAUGCUUGACAUGACAGGAAGAAGUUGAUUUGAGUUGUAUCAGUGGGAACUGCUCCAGUAUUCAGUUAUCUUCCCUGAUUUUAUGAAAUCAAUAGUUCGAUGCAGCUCAGUUUUGACAGAUAUCAAAACAACACUUGCUAGACUUCGGUGCAAAAUCUGUGCAACUUUUAUUUGAGAAUGAAGGUUUGGGUGAUCAAUAGUAGCACCAACUGUGGAAAGUUACAUCACAAGUUCUAGAUCACUUCUUUUGUAAAACACUGGGAUUGAACCAGCACACUGUUGCGGCAACCUCUUCUUAUUUUGUAAUUUAUUACAGUCUAUUGAGUGUCUUUUCUUA